GCCUCUUCCUCUCCGUCCACUCCCCAUAGUUCUCACUCGCAGCCUGAGGAACGGAGACGGCUGAGACAAGUCUCAGCCUCGCUAGAAGGUAGGUGGGUAGAAGCUGGGAGACCAAGACUGAGUCCAAGUUGGGAACCAGAGUCCGGGCCAGGAGAGCAUCUCUUACCGGCGCCUCUUCGACCCCGCCAGCUCGGCGGGUACAGGUGGCCAUGGACCGCGGCGGAGCCCGGUGGCCGGCCAUCGCCUGGACAUUGGCCUUGCUUUGGGGCAUGACCCGAGGGCAGGACAGCGGCGGGAGCUGUCUAAGCGGCGGGCAGGACAAGCUGAUGCCGGGGCCCGAAGCUCAACUCGGGGCCUGCCGGCUCUAUUCCAGCAAUGCCUGCUGCUCCUCCGGAGCCGCCGAGAGUGGGACUGCCACGAUCACGGCUCCGACCGGCGCCCUGCCCCGGGACCUCUGCGGGCCUCCGAGUCCUGAGUGCGCAUCCUUCCUGCAACGGAUCGAGUGCUUCCUCCGCUGUUCGCCCCUGGCCGGUGGCUGGGCCCACCCUCAGCGCCGGGGAGGGGUCCGUGCGGUGCCUCUCUGCGAGGCCUUCUGCCAGGACUGGUACGCCGCCUGCAAGACUGAUCUAGCCUGCGUUCGCAAUUGGGUUUCGCCUCCAGAAAGGAGCCCGAAGAGCUGUGAAGGGGGCUGCCGUAGCUACACCCAGCUGUACCGGGACGGGCGGGACCUAUGCGACAGCAUCUGGGGAGACUCUUUGACGGCGGCUCCGGCUCCUUGUCCCUGCCUCAACCUCACCGUCGCCGAUCUACAGCCAUUCCCCGAGGCCGGGCCCACCGCAGCAGGACCAGGAGCGCCCUGCCCAGCCUGGGGCCACCCUUCCCCACCCAGGGAGCCUCCAGGCCGCCGGCCGCGACGCUUCAUCCUAGGGGAGGGGAGUGGCAGUGGGAGCGGGAGCGAUAGCGGGAGCGGCUUCUAUAUUCCCCCUCACCCGGGAGCCGUCUGAGGUCAGAACGAUACUCUCUUACCUCAGCCCCGCUCCGUAAAAUGCCCACUCGCUUCCAGUUUCCCACCAACCCCAGCGCCUUGAGAGAAGAGCCCCUCCUCUGAGGUUUUAGCCCCACCCAGUUAAGUCAGUGGGAGUCUGCUCUGAGGACACAGAGCAGGGUUAGUAGCUAGUUGGCCCACAAACCUAAGGCCCAACUUUCAUCCCCCUCUCCCCCAGGGCCUCUGAGCAGAGAGAAGAGGGGAAAGAGAGGUCACCCUAGCUCAAUCCCAACAGACACUGGACUCCACUAAGCGCACGACGAGGGGUUUAACUUGGAGAGUCCAGGAGAGGAGAUUGUUAUGCCUUGGGCCUGCCUGCUUGCCUCCCCCACUCCACCCAGCAGAAACAGCAGCUGGCUGCUUCUGCUUUUCAACUCCCACAUCCAAAGCCUAAAAGCCUCAAGCUCCAACUGUUGAAGGAAAGAUGCAGUAAAUGCUGUCCAAUUCUAUGCAAACA